CCAAAUCCCUGAGUUUUCGACCAAUCAAGGAAGAAGUUCAUAACAAAUUGUUAGAUCUUUUCAAAAAUGGUCACUUAUCUUCCUCAGCAUUAUAUGCUCUUGAAGAUGAUUUUCACCUCAGCGCUAAAGAUAAGCAAGAAUUGGUGGAAUUACUCGCGGACCAAGCAACUAAUCCAAAUUAUGAUUCUGUUUAUCAUAUUUUUUGGCAAUAUUGCAAUGCUAUACUUGGUGGCCGUAAUGGAAAGUCAAUGUUUGAGCAAUUAGAAUUAAUGGAUCUUUUAUUUUAUACUUCAUUACGACCUAGACCCUUCUUGCAAGAUCAAAACUUCAUAACAGUAAAUGAUACUUCUAAUAACGAUUUCGAUAAAGCUACUGAACAGAG